GGAACUCUCCUGCCUGCAAUAAGACCUUUGUCGGGAGGGCAAAGCUGAAUUUAGCCAAAAAAGCCAAAGAGAUGGAGCAGUCUGAAAAGAAAGGCACAGCAAAUAGUCACCAGAAUGGUAUGCUGGCGAAGGAGAGCUCUCCAGAACCCAAAGUUACGGAAGAGGAGAUCCCACCAGCCACCGGGAGCCCCAGCGCAGGAGGGACGGAGGGCGAGCCUACCGAGGGUCAAGCUCUCGGUGCUCCGCUUACCCAGGGUGAUAGAGCAGAAGUGCAGAUAGAUGCAGGCUGCCCUUCCAAAGUGGUGGUUACUGCCCUGAUUCCUGCCACGGACCACAAGCCCUUAGGAGAGGGUCACUCAAUGGCUGCAGACAGCACAAGUCUUGCCCUCGAAACUAUGACUGAUCUGGCUCAGGACAUUCCCGCUGUUCUUGGUACCAAAGAUUCCCCUCCAACAGCCAGACCAAAGCCACAGGAUACAUUUUCUGACUCACAGCCCCCAGCUGAGUCAUCUAACGGGCCUUCUUGCUCACAGCCCGCAUCCGGAGAUGUAUGUGUUCAAGCUCCCGGAAGCAGCGUUCCAUGCACCCAUGUAGAAGUGUCAGAAAACCAUCACGGACGUGUUCUGCCUGUGUCACAUAAGAAUGAGGAGAGAGUGCUGCCCUCCAGACUUGCAGGGGGAGGAGAAGAAGGGGCCGCAAGCCUUGCUCCGUGUGCAGAGCACAGCCCGGAAGCUGUGGGAACCGAACGUCCAUCCAAGGUGCUGGUCCAGGUCCGGUCCUUCGUGCUCCCCGUGGAGAGCACCCAGGAUGUGGGCUCCCAGGUCAUCUCAGAGAGCUCCGAAGUUAGAGAAGCACAGUUGCCAAGCUGUCACAACGAUGACCUUGAAGUGGUUUCUGUUGCAAGCUGUGCUCCCCAGAAAGCAGAAGGGCUGGGCGGCGAGAGCACAUCUCCCGAACACAUUCAUUGCAAAGAGGAACAAGCAGCAAAAUCUGUCCCACAAGUCAUGCCACCAGAAUCAGAGAAAACUCAGCCUAUCCAGGCUCAAAGUCAGGGUGACCAAAAACCCCCGAAGGCUGAACCCGGCCCUGUUGCCUCCCCUGGGAGCAGAAACCCUCUAGAAACUCCCCAAAGGCCGGAUGGAAAGGCUGUGAAUGGCCAGGCCAGCCCUGCCAGUCUUCUGAACAUAUCUGCGGGCAGUGAUGACAGUGUAUUUGAUUCUUCAUCGGAUAUGGAAAAAUUCACCGAAAUUAUCAAAAACAUGGACAGCACCGUCUGUGUGCCUCAGAAGAAAAAGAAGGCCAGGGUGCCCAAUUCGCCUGCCCCUCCCUUUGUGAUGCCUCCGAUUCAUGAGGACAAUUUAGAAAAAGUGUUAGAUCCCAACGUGUUUACCUUUGGUCUGGGGAAGAAGAAGGAAAGCCGGCCAGAAAUGUCGCCGGCUUUACAUCUGAUGCAGAACCUUUACACAAAACCCAACCUGAGGCCCAAACGCACAUCUACCGAGCAGAGUAUCCUCUUCAAGUCCCUGUACACUAACGGGAAAGACGACCCUUCCACGGCUCCGGAGACAAACCACAAAGAGAACAAAGAUGUCCCCAAUGGCGGAAUUAAGAGAUCGAGGCUAGAGAAGAGCGCACUCUUCUCCAGCCUGCUGCCUACUUCACCGCAAGACAAGAUCUUUUCUCCCUCUGUGACGUCGGUCAGUACCAUGACCACGUCUUUCGGCACGCCUCACAACACUUCUCUUUCUCGGGCUUCCGCAUUACCGCCCAGGGUGGAGGGGGGCCCCCCCUGCGGUGCAGACCGAGAGCAGCCAAACCUUCCCCCCAGCAACGGAAAGGUCUUCAAUUUCGACGCUACAGAUGCGGCUCCUUCGGGCUUGAAAAGCACAAGCUACAUGGAGAGAUACCUGCCCAAAGAGGAAACCAAAGAAGACCUGGAUUCACGAAGCAACCCACACUUGCCAGAAACCCAGCUUUCAGAAUUUUCUAAACUGAAGAACAGUGAUGAUCCGGAAAAGGCUAAUCGUGUCGGAAGCGUUCUUAAGCCCAACUUGCCAAACUAUGGAAAUAGUGAUGCAGACUUCACGGGUCUUUUCAAAUCCAGCCGGUUUGACCCCAGCGUGUCUUUUUCUGCCAUGUCCUUAUCAGAUACGACCACCCUCAGAGGAAGUCUUACAAAUAAAAUCAAUCCCCGGCCUGGAAAGGUAGUGAUCUUCAGGGACCCGGAUGUCUCUGACGAGUGCAUUGAAGUUUUCAGUGAUGUUGAGGAUUGCAGCUCUUGGAGCCUCUCCCCGGUGGUCAUCGUCAAGGUCGUCAGAGGAUGUUGGAUUCUGUAUGAGAAACCUAAUUUCGAAGGGCACACCAUCCCCUUAGAAGAAGGAGAAUUGGAACUCUCUGGUCUCUGGGGUUUAGAAGAUGUUUUGGAAAGAAAUGAGGAGGCAGAGUCCACUAAGCCGGUGGUGAUUGGUUCAAUCAGACAUGUGGUCCAGGAUUACAGAGUUAGUCAGAUUGACUUAUUCACUGAACGGGAAGGGUUAGGACUCCUGAAUUCUUACUUUGACGACACUGAAGAGAUGCAGGGAUUUGGUAUAAUGCAGAAGACUUGUUCCAUUAAAGUACAUUGGGGCACGUGGCUGAUUUAUGAAGAACCUGGAUUUCAGGGUAUGCCUUUUGUCCUGGAACCUGGUGAAUACCCCGACCUGUCCUUCUGGGACACAGAAGAAGCGUACAUUGGAUCCAUGCGGCCUCUGAAAAUGGGCGGACGUAAAGUUGAAUUCCCUACAGAUCCCAAGGUAGUUAUUUAUGAAAAGCCUUUCUUUGAAGGAAAAUGUAUGGAAUUAGAAACAGAAAUGUGCAGUUUUAUCACGGAAGCAGAUGAAACAGAAGAGAAGACAGAUGACAGUUUGCCGUUUACGUCCGUGGGCUCGAUGAAAGUGCUGAGAGGAAUUUGGGUUGCUUAUGAGAAGCCUGGGUUUACAGGUCAUCAGUAUCUGCUUGAAGAAGGAGAGUACAAGGACUGGAAAGAUUGGGGAGGUUACAAUGGAGAACUUCAGUCUUUACGGCCUAUAUUAGGUGAUUUUUCAAAUGCUCAUAUGAUAAUGUACAGUGAAAAAAACUUUGGACCCAAAGGUUCCAGUAUCGACGUAUUAGGAAUUGUUGCUAACUUAAAGGAGACCGGAUAUGGAUUGAAGACACAGUCUAUUAAUGUACUGAGUGGAGUAUGGGUAGCCUAUGAGAAUCCUGACUUCACAGGAGAGCAGUAUAUACUGGAUAAAGGCUUGUACACCAGUUUUGAAGACUGGGGAGGCAAAAGUUGUAAGAUCUCUUCUGUUCAACCCAUUUGUUUGGAUUCUUUAACUGGCCCAAGGAGAAGAAAUCAGAUUCGGUUGUUUUCGGAACCACAGUUUCAAGGUCGCAGUCGAGGGUUUGAAGAAACAACCAGUCAAAUCGACGAUUCCUUUUCCACCAAGUCUUGCAGAGUUUUAGGAGGUUGCUGGGUUGCGUAUGAUGGAGAAAAUUUCUCCGGGAAUCAGUACGUGUUGGAGGAAGGCCACUAUCCUUGUCUCUCUGCGAUGGGAUGCCUGCCCGGAGCAACUUUCAAGUCUCUUCGUUUUAUAGACGUUAUGGGUUACUUACGAAUAUGGCAAUUACAGGGGUCGGCAGUUCCUACUGUCACCAGCGGAAGUCCCGAAUUGGUACGAAUUCAGUGGCUGUCGCCAAAUAGGUUCUCUACGACCUUUUGUUCAGAAACGAAUUUAUUUCCGACUUCGAAACAAAGCAACGGGGCUGUUCAUGUCCACCAAUGGAAACCUGGAGGAUCUGAAGCUUCUGCGAAUACAGGUCAUGGAGGACGUCGGUGCCGACGAUCAGAUUUGGAUUUAUCAAGAAGGGUGCAUCAAAUGCAGGAUAGCGGAAGACUGCUGCCUGACGAUCGUGGGGAGCCUCGUGACCUCUGGCUCGAAACUGGGCCUUGCCCUCGACCAGAAUGCCGACAGUCAGUUCUGGAGCAUGAAACCAGACGGCAGGAUCUACAGCAAGUUGAAACCGAAUUUAGUUUUAGAUGUCAAAGGGGGUACACAGUACGACCAAAAUCACAUUAUCCUCAACACUGUCAGCAAAGAGAAGUUAACACAAGUGUGGGAAGCCAUGGUCCUAUAACCCUGAAGAACGCAGGAGGAAUGCUUCUGGAGGUCUUCGAGCUGCUUGAAAAUGGACAGAGCCAAGAGGAAAGGGGACCUGCUCCUUCUUCAGUAGCUCUAGCUCUGCCCCUGAAUGACACUGCCGUGACCAGGACUCCGGUCUCAUCUUUUCAAAAGACUGUAAUAGUUUUAAACCAACCAUUUGUCCUUCUUUCAUCUCCUGCUUUUCAUCUCCUUUCAGUAGCUGCUUAACAGGUUGCCUCAUUAGCAGCUUUUGGGUGUUUUCAAAAAUGCUGUAUCAAGACUCUGUACAUUUUAAAUUAUUUCCAAAGAUCGUGACAGGACAGAAGAGGAACAAACUUCGAGUAGACUCUGUGGGCCUACCCAUGCCUUACACUUUAAAGGGAAGGAUAAAAGCUCGAGUUUUAGCAUCUGAGAAGAGAUAACGUGUCAGGCCACUAAUUUUGGUUCCUCUGUUUUCUGGAAUCAUAAAUUACGCUCUAUAGCAAAGUAGGGAAAGGCUUAUCCUUUUGUUAGUAUUGAACGCUAGUAAGUUUACAAGAUUUCAUGUCCUGUCCGCUAAUGUGAGCAGGAUUUGGAUGAUUUUAACCCACUCAUGGGCUGCCCUGAAAUGUCACAAACGAGUGUCAUUUAACGCUUUUCUCACGGAUGCCACGGGAAUAGCGUUCCCGGGACCCAGUUUACCGCUCAUCUACAGUUCGUUCUGACGUGAUGUCCUAUGAGCCUUUGCUGAGCUCAGGCCUGUCACCUCAGACCCCGGCAGCGGACAUGAGAGAUGGAGGCGGCAAGGGGGGGAUGACUGGCAACUCUCCAGCACAUGAAGGGAGGGAGGCCUGGAGUAUUGCUUGUUCAAAUCAUAGAACUCGGGAAACCCUAAAAUGCAGCAUUUCAGGGAAAAAUGAAAGAGUUUAACCACUGACAAUACACUGGUCCGCACGGUGCUAUUCAACCAGUGCCUUCUGGUUUUGAACAAAACUGCUUGACCUUCUUCGCAUAUACUCUUCCUCUUCUUGUCCUUAUUUCAUUAGCCUCGUUAAUGCUGGUGCUCUCAUCCCAGGAGGGACAAAUCUCGCUUCCUUUCUAGCUGUUCCAGUGUCUUUCCAGGGCUAACGCUGCUCCUCUCCGCACUGCCCUGCGGUCUCGGGAGGCAGUUGUGGCCAGGAGCUUAGCUUCGGUUUUAAAGUAAACGUCUGCACGUGUCCACCAGCUGCCAGCAGGUCUGUCUUGUUCUUAGAUGUCCAGCUGGGACUUUCGGCCUUUGUGCGGAUCACUACAGUGUGCGGGGGCUCCGACAUCCUGCAGUCGCCGGGGUUGAAUUUCUCUCUUGAAUAAACUUGUUUCUGGUU